UGUUUCACUAUCGCUGUGGCUGAUUUUCAUUAAAACUGGAUCCUCACCGUGUUAACUUGAGCCAGAGAAUCAUACGCAUUACUCCAGUCUGUUUGGAACUAAGCAGAGGAGACUGGAAACAAGCAGGAGUAACUCUGGAUUAAUUCACCAACCAAAAAUAGAUAUUUGAAUUGCAAUGACAGACAUAUCAGAUGAUUCAGACACUUCAAAUCCGUCAGCAAAAUUACAGAGAGAGAUCACAAAAUUAAAGCAAGAGAACAAAGUUCUUCAUAUUCGUGCACAAGGAGUGGAAGUGUUAGGUAAAGUUCUUCAAGAUUCCCAAGAAAGCAAUACCAAACUAAAAGAAGAGGUUAGAGAGUUGAAAACCCUUCUAGACCAAAGAGGCAUUGAUGCAGCUUUAGCUGAUAUCUCAGUCAGCACUUCAGUAAAUGAUGACAGCCAGGACACAAUAAAAGAUCACGGAGAAAGAUAUUACUCAUCUAUGCUUGGGAGAAGUUCACAAAGCCAUGACUAUGUUAAUGUCACGACAGUUUCAGGACCCCAGUCACUGCCUGCAGAAUUUUCCUCCAUCUUAUGUGGAGAUUUUCACAUCAAGGAGAUACGUGAUGAGUUUGAACACAUUGGAUCUGAGCUAGAUCAAAUACAAAGAGGGACACACAAGCUUCACGAGAAUGUAAAACAGCUACCUGAUGAUGGCAGAGAAGCAGAGUUGCUGGGGAAAAUUGCACAAUUCAAUUCAAAGCUUCAUGAGUAUAUUAAGGAGGCUCGCACAAGGGAGACCCUAUCAAGUGCAUUAAUUACUGAAGAGGAAAAGUUGAAAGCAAAGCUUGCCGAAAUAGAGGCAGAACAGGCCUCCCAUGAAAAUGUGGUGCUUCAGUUGAAGAAUAAACUGGAUGAGAGCCGUGAAGAAAUGGAACAACUGCAAGAUGAAGUGAAACUCUUUAAAGAUGCUGUGUUUGUGGAAAGAGAGCAAGUAUCACCACUGGGAAACAGAAAUGAUCCUUUGUCAUUCAGUUCAAGAAAAAGUGCAUCCAAAUUACUAUCUGAUGAGGGUUUGAUAAUUGUAAAGACACCACUCUCCCAGUCUGGACCAGAAUCUUGUGAGACCUGUUGCCAGUUGAAGAGGCAAAAUGAUGAACUACAAAGGCAGCUUCUAUUGGCCAAAACUGAAAAAGAUGAAGCACUAAAACUUAAAGAAGAGGUUCUUGAUGUGAAUUACAAGUGGGAUGAACAAUACAAACUUCUGGUUGCAGCCUCAAAGAAAGACAUAAAUGAAUUAAAACAGCAAAUUGAAAUUUUGAGGUCUGGCAACAAUGGAUAUUUCACAGGAGCAUUGCUAACAGAAAAAAAGGAAUUAGAAGAUCGCUGCAAGCAACUGGAAAGUGAGUUGCAAGAGAAACAGCUAGAAAUAAACAGCCUACAGCUUAUGAUGAGGAACAAGCCUACACAUUUGAAUCUAGCACCCCAGCACUCAUCGAUGGAACAACUGCCUUCCCAUCUAUCCCUGCUGGGUGCAGCUGCACCACGCCCAGGUCCACCUUCCGAAGGUUCACCAUCCUGGCCUGGUACAACUGUUCUUGGACAGCAAAUCCCUGCAGAGGUUAUUGAUCAAAUAGAAGUUUUGAAACAACAGCUCAGAGUCUAUGCUGACGAUUUUGCCACUGAAAGAGAAGACCGUGAGAGGAAUCAGACAGAAAAAGAGAAGCUCAAAGAGGAAUUGGAUGCUGUGAAGGAGCAAUUACAAGCACUUGAGCAGCAGCUCCAGAUAUACGAAGAAGACUUCAAAAGAGAGAAGAGGGAGAAAGAAAGCCUACAGCAACAAUUAAGAGCCAAACAAACUGCAGGUGGUUACUCAUACAAUGAUCCGUUGGCCCAGAAGGCCAGGGCUGUUGCUGAACAGCAGGCCAGGGUCCAGGCCAUCAAAGAGGUACACGACCGAGAAAGGGACAGGCUGUUGAGAGGACAAACCGAGUUACAGCAACAGGUUUAUGAUCAGCCAUACAGUCGUGCUCGAUCCCAGUACAAUCCUUAUGGAAGAUAUGGCCAGGAUUACACAAACCAUGAAUCGAAGCGGCCUCUUUUGGUCCCAAGGGGUACAAUGCAUCCUUCUCAUGGAUUAAUCACACAUCCUACAAGUCAGCAGGCAACCAGAACUUCCAUUUACCAUGGAGGAGAAGUUUACCCAGACACAGUGCGAGACGUUAUAGAUUCCCCUUUGGAUGGAAACGAUGUCGAAUCAGAUUCAGGUGUUAGCAGUAAGGAGGAGGUGGUUGGACUGGAAGAAUGCCCUCGCUGCUUGAGGAAGUUUAAUGGAGAGGAUAGCGACGCAAUUCUCAAACACAUCGAGAGGUGCAUCUCCUAAGGUGGCUCAACAGUUUGCGGUACUUUUUCAGAUUGUUUCGAUGUAUCAGCACUUUCACCCUGUAUCGGUCUGUGGUAAAACAUUGGUAACGAGCAGAUGUCUGAUCAUUGGGUUGUAUGUCCUCAUCGUCCCGCGUGUUUAAGCGAUGUUUAAUUGUAUAUUACACAAUGAAAACGGCGUUAGUUCUUGCCCUCAGUGAUUGUAAAAUUGUAUUUAGUAAGCUCGGGGUACAAGUCUUUGAUUACAAAAAUGAAGUCGUUAGUUCUUUCCCUCAGUGAUUAUAAAAUGUUAUCAAGUAAGCUGGGGAGUACAAGUCUUUGAUUACAAAAAUGAAGUAUUUAGUUCUUUCCCUCAGUGAUUAUGAAAUGUUAUCAAGUAAGCUCGGGAGUACGAGUCUUUGAU